AUGGCAGACGACAUGGACGAUGAAGAUGGGAGAAUGCAGGAGGAGGAGGGACGUGAAGAUGAUGGAGAUGAUCCUGAAGAGCUCGACGGAGAUUUAGAUGAUGACAUUAUUCAGGAGGAUGAAGAUGAUGAUUCGCCAGCUGAAGAAGAUGAUGAUAACAAUGAGGGUCUUUUAAGACGCCUUCGUCUCCACAUCAGAGGAAGAUUAGACCGUGACAGAGUCCAAAAAAGACCAACAAAAGUCACUUAUGAUGCAUCACUUCCAACUACCCAUUCAUAUCUUGGUAAUGAUCUUGAAGAGUACAGUGGCAGGACAGUUUUGGAUGAGGACAGUUACGUCUCGUUGCCGCUACUGCAUCUUCCCGGAGUUAUCCUCGUUCCUGGUCAGACGCUUCCUCUUCAUCUCUUCAAUCAAAGAAUCAUAUCGAUGAUGAAACACGUCAUACAGAAUAAUCGCACAUUUGGUAUGAUACACGAUGGUCAUAACAUGCAACCAGGCCACGAUGAAAGUCCUGCUAAUAUCGGCACAACGGCAGAGAUAUACAGUGCUAAGGAAGAGGAGGAUAGCGGUGUAGAGACGAUGAGAAUCAAAGCCACAGGGCGACAGCGCUUCCAAAUAAUGGAGACAAGAAGACAAGCAGAUGGCAUCCUUAUUGGUAGGGUGCGUAUCAUCACCGAAAGUGUGCUUCCCGAUCCUCUAGAGGGAGCUAGAUGCUCAUCCCACGAUAGAUUAAGAUUGAUUCCUCCUCUGAAGCAAGCGAAGGGUGUAGAGAGAGACAUGGCAUGGAUAAAACAGAGGAGGAAGCGAUACCUGAGACCUGCUCAAUGGACUUGGAUUCCGCCUUGGGUCUAUGAGAUGUAUGACGCUGAAGUACUGAUGCUACAUAUCAAAACAGAACUGAAGAGCUGGUUUGAAGAUUCGGUGAAAUUUGACACAGUUCCAUCAAAACCCUCAGAUUUUUCCUUCUGGGUUGCCAGUAAUAUUCCCCUAGCUGAUUCACAGAGACUUAAGCUUCUAGAAAUCAACUGUCCAGUUCAGAGAUUACGUCGGGAGCUUGACAUUCUUAGAAAGUGUACAUUGCUUCACUGCACUGAAUGUGGACUGGAUAUUGCCAACAAGAGUGAUGUCUUCAGUAUGUCUUUGGAUGGUCCAAUGGCAGCGUACGUCAACCCUGGUGGUUAUGUACAUGAUACGCUUACCUUGUACAGCGCUCAUAACUUGAACCUAGUUGGUAGACCUACCAAGGAAAAUAGCUGGUUCCCAGGGUAUGCGUGGACCAUUCUGCAGUGUCGACACUGUACCAACCACAUGGGGUGGAAGUUCACAGCAGUCAAGCGUAAACUCAAACCGGAGAUGUUCUGGGGACUGACAAGGUCUGCUGUACAGCCAGGAUUCAAGGAUACACAAGACCAGCUACAUCUCAUAUGACCAUCUCCUCUUCCAUGUUUACAUCUCCUUUUUCAGGAUGUGGUUCAUAUCUACUUUUUGAAACCUUUACCCAAACUGUUAAUAAUUAUUUGAAGAAAAAAAAAGCUUUCCGGUCACACACAAAUCACAGCUUACAACCAUGUCAGUAAUAUUGAUAACAAUAAUAAUAUUGAUAACAAAAAGAAAACUUUUAAUGCUCAUUAUGUUUACCUUCGAGUAUGUGUACUAGCAUGGUUCUGAUGGAGUUGGUGGACUCAACGUUCAGACAGGUUACUUGCCCCAUUAUCUUCAAGUACGCGCUAAUCCAGCAGUCAGAUUCGCAGAAUGGAGUGGUGAUAAAAACCUAUAUUGCAGCAC